CGAGCAUGGCCACGCCAACCCCCCGCGCGACGGCCCUUGGUGGCUUGUCGCCCGAGAUCAUCGAGACGAUCGCGCGGCUUCUUCCGUGUCCCACCACGUUUCUCCAGCUCAUGCACGCACUCCCGCUCUGGGCCAAGACCCGGGCGCUGGCGGCCAUUGCACGACUGUGCACGACGCCAACGAUGUGCGUGAUGUGGCCCACAAUCACGGUGCUUUGCCCAGACCUCUCGAGCGUAACAUUCCAAGAUCUUGUCGACGCCACGGCGCUGGCUCCGCGCAUCGCUAUUGGCUACGCGAUUGGCACGCGCAACGAAAUGGCCGCCUUUGCGUUUGCCACGUCAUGGAUCACCUCGCUCACGUUCGAGUUUCCGUACGGGCUUUCGACAAUGGACGAGGCGGAGUGGACCUUUUUCCGGUCGACGAUCACCUCGUGCAAGCACCUCGAGACACUGCGAGUGACCGACUGUGUGAGCGGGUGCAUCGCGCUCGGCGAUGUCAUCUGGAACCUUCCGCGGCUGACGUCGCUCUCGCUCGCGGGCCACCGAUCCUUCUCAACCGCGAUCCUCACGAAUGACUUUUGCACGCGCUUGAUUCAGUGGCUCGAGGCGUCGCCGGUCGUUUGUUUGGUGCUGAAAGACCUGCGGUUUGACGCCCGGCCCAGCUCGCCGCUCUGUCUGCAGCUUUGUGAUGCGAUUGCGUCGAGCACGACGCUCGCAACGCUGGCACUCGAGAAUGUGAGCAUCUUUGCUCGCGUGUUUUUGUGCGGCCGGCCAUUGCCCGCGCACUUGACGUCGCUCGAGUGGGAGAAGACCGACUUGGAGGAAACCCCGGACGAAGGAUGGACCAACUUUGCAAGUGCCUUUGCAACCGGGCCGCAGCUUGUGCACCUCGGCUGCAAGAAGUUUGAAGCGCUGUUGCGGUUGCGCGAAUUUGGCCUCGAACACAGCGACGAGACGCUGGCCAAGAUUCGAGGUCUCGAGUCGCUCGACACGACGGGCGUCGGUCGCGGAGUGUUGAACCGAGAAGCCUUUUUGCGGUUUGCGGGCAGUAUGACGCACCUGACGUCACUGACGCUGUGGUUGGCCAACUUUGAAGGUCGGUACGCUCGCGACCUCGCCAACGUGCUCUCGACGCUUCCGCGCCUGGCGGUGCUCAAGAUCACGGAACGCUCCAUGUACGAUGCGGAAGUGGUGUAUUUUCUGCAGCAUGUGCCGCAGUUUGGUCGCCUUGCGCACCUGGACAUCUCGAGCCACCGACGCAGCACUGCGAGCUUGCUUGCGAUGUUGCCGGUGAUCAAUGCGGCGGCCGCACACUUGCAGACGAUCCGUUUGCAAGUCUGGUGGCUGGUCGACGAGGUGGAAAUGGUUGCGAAAGCAGCGGCGCAGCUACCCGACUGUCAUUUUGCAAUGGCGGCGCAUCCGAAACUGAAGCGUGACGCGGCAACGACGGCGAGUUUCGCGCGCGUGAUUGAAGCGAACGGUAUGGGGCCGCGCCAUGACGUCGUGCAGUGCGUCUUGUACGUCUAGUAGAUAUCUUGCAUGGAUGACUUUAGAAAGGGAGCUCUGAACUGGUAUGACGCGCCUUUAAAUAAUGCAAUGGCAGCUACGAGAUCA